AUGGGUCCGUGGGCGCUGAGGGCCGCGCUGCUGUGCCUGGGUAGCGCCCUCGUGUUCUCCGAGCUCCACACGCCCCACAGGGAUGGCCCCACCCCGGCGCAGGAAGAGGCCAGCAAGCCAGGGCCGGAGGCCGCCCCGGAAGAGGAAGAGCCCUUCACGAAGGGUUGUGGAAUAGCACCACUAAGGGGUGCACUGGAAGGGUCUCGGAUCAUAGGAGGUACCCGAGCUGCUGCUGGCGCCUGGCCGUGGCUAGUCAGCCUGCAGGUUCAGGACGGCGAUUUUCUUGUGCAUAUAUGUGGUGGUGCCUUGGUGAGAGAAAGGUGGGUCCUCACUGCAGCCCACUGCACUAAAGAGGCUAGCGACCCUCUCAAGUGGAGAGCAGUGAUCGGAACCAAUGACCUCUCCCGGCGCCGCUCCCACAUCAAGAAUAUUCAAGUAGUAGCAAUCAUCACCCGACCAGACUUCAUUCUGGAAACGUUCGUAAAUGAUAUUGCACUGUUCCGUCUAAGGAAAGCUGUGAGGUAUAAUGACUAUAUUCAGCCUAUUUGCCUACCUUUUGGUGUUUUCCAAAAACUGGACCAAAACACAGAGUGUUUUAUAAGUGGCUGGGGAAGAACCAAAGAAGAAGGCAAUGGUACAAGCAUCCUACAAGAAGCGAAAGUGCACUUCAUUUCUCGAGAGGUCUGUAAUUCUGAGAGGAGCUAUGGAGGAGUGAUCCCUAGCACCUCGUUCUGUGCAGGUCACGAGAAUGGGACCUUUGACACAUGCAGGGGCGACAGCGGUGGCCCACUCAUGUGCUAUUUACCGGAAUACAGGAGAUACUUUGUGAUGGGCAUCACCAGUUACGGCCAUGGCUGUGGCCGGAGACGUUUCCCCGGUGUCUACAGUGGCCCUGCCUUCUUCCAGCCGUGGCUCACAGAGCAUUUCUCACGGGGCAGUACUAUGCGAGUGUUCCAUGCAGACGUGGGGCUGGGCCAGAUCCUCGUGGCUUUAGGCCCUGUCAUCCUUCUAGGAGUGACAUAAAGAGACACUGCAGACUGUCAGU